CAUUCGCAAGUGUUCUGAGCCUGCACUCUUCAUAAUUCAGUCAGCCAGUCCAGAAAGAAGCAAGGGACUGACGAACAUGCUUUCGUUUCAUCAUGGAGUGGAAAACAGUGGUACUGACUGUAUUGAUUGUGAGUUUGUGCUUUUUCGCAGUUCCUAUUAGAGUGGGUCCUAACACUUCUGAUCAAGACUUGAAAUUAUUUAAGAACUAUGUCAUUCGAUUUAAUAAAUCAUACAGACACAAUCCUGAGGAGUACGAUAAGAGAUUUCAGCGAUUUCAGAGAUCGCUCCAACACAUCGAUAAAAUGAAUAGACUGCGGUCUUCCGACACCAGUGCCUUUUAUGGAUUAACACAAUUUUCAGAUUUGACCGAGGAAGAAUUUUUGACUUUGCAUUUACGUCCCGAUAUAUCAGUGCGAAGUGCAAAGCAUUUAAUUAAUCCUCACAGUCUUAAUCGUCACUCUGAGAAAUCUGAUUCCAAAUCAGUACUUGGUCGAAUGAAAAGGGCAAAUGGAAUUCCAACAAAAUUCGAUUGGCGUAAUAAGGGUGUAGUGACGCCUGUAAAAGCUCAAGGAUCUUGUGGAGCUUGUUGGGCUUUCAGCACUGUUGAAGUUGCUGAAGCGAUGUUUGCUAUACAAAAUGGAAGCCUGUAUUCUUUCAGUGUUCAAGAGAUGAUUGACUGUGCUGCGAAUGGUAAUUAUGGCUGCGAGGGUGGAGACAUCUGUAGUCUACUUACGUGGUUGGCGGGAGCAAAAAUUAAAAUAUUACCAGAAACUACGUAUCCUCUUACGAGAAGCACAGAUGCAUGCAAAUUAGAGAGAACAGUUUCCAAAGACUCUGGAGUAAUAAUAACGGAUUUUGCAUGUGACAAUUUUAUGGGUGCAGAGGAUGAACUUUUGGAGUCCAUUGCGACUCAUGGUCCAGUUGCAGUCGCAGUCAAUGCCCUAUCUUGGCAAAAUUAUCUCGGUGGUGUGAUUCAAUUUCACUGCGACGGAGCCUUUAGCAGUUUAAAUCACGCAGUGCAAAUCGUGGGGUAUGAUAAUUCAGCAGCUACUCCUUUUUACAUUGUAAGAAAUUCAUGGGGAACUGUCUUCGGCGAUAAGGGUUAUUUAUACAUUGCAAUUGGAAAUAAUAUGUGCGGAAUUGCGAAUCAAGUCUCUUCAAUGGAUGUGAUUUGAGAAAUUGUUCAUGAUUAGAAGCCCUUGUUUAUAUUUUUCUAUAUUAUCUGCAGCUUUUGUAAAUUAUAUUUGUAAUUUAGUUAGUAUUAGACUUUAUAACUAAAGUUUUCUGUAUGUAUCACGCGCGUCUGGUCCGUAAUAUUAUGUAUCCCAAUUGGAAAUGGUUCACAUGGCCCUGACUGUUUACGUUUGGAUUCUCUGGACUCAAGAUCAAGGUCAGCAUAGGCCGUGCCUCAAACCGUUCUUCAUUCUAGGUUUCAAUGUAUGUAAAUUAUUAAUCAUUAAUGAUACAUAAUUUCAAGACAUGAGAGUGACAACUGAAUAAAAAACAAUUCUUCCGAA